AUUGUCUCGCGUCGCGCCGAGAGCAUCUUUGACGGGCCUUUUCACGGCCUCUUGAGUAGCCACUCAGUCUACUCAGAGCUGCGUCGAUAUGAGCGUGCUAAGCGGAAAAUUUUUUAAAUCGCGCUGACCUAUAUUCACGGUCAAUCGUGUCGUUAUUCCUAAUGUAAAUUUUCAUUGAAGAAAACGUUCCGUGUCUAGCAUUUCGUUUGCUUUUUUUGAGUUAUUUUAUUUAUUUUAAUGAAGGGAAAGCACAUUUGUCUUGUAAAUGUGACACCUCGCAACGGUAUUUCCGCAUUUUAUGGUGACUGAACUUUUUGGCUUUUGCCAAAUUUUCUCACGCGGUGACGCUGUUCAAAUUGAGGCAGUAAACUAGUGAAAAGCGCGCAUACGGAGAAACGCGAAAGAAUGAUGUGCGUGUUUGAUGAAUCCAGUGCGGGCUUUACUUUGCGGCAUAAAUUUAAUUUUAAUUGCAAAAAUAUUUUUAUCAGAUCGUGAGAUUCUUUUCCGCAGUGGGAUUCGAAAAGAGAACAAGAAAACAAUUCCAACGCAAAAGUAGAAAAUUAGUUUUUCUCUCCUAACACCAAGUCAUACGAGUCCGUCAAAAAAAGCGUCAACACUUUGGAUGCACAGGACUUUGAGCAUUUUAAAAUUGACAAAGGAUCGAGAAAGGUUGCGCCUGAUCGCUACCUUGAUUAAAUAUUGACUUUUCCAUGGAGCCGGCAUACAUCGCAAGUGAUUAAACGUUAAAUAAUUUGAUAUUGUAGCUAUUACGCAUUAACUUGAUAAGCAUUAUCAUCCCGUUACUGCAUCAUAUCGUCCGACUGCACGCAUAGCAUGACCUCACUUCGUUGUGAUUCCUUCGGGCCGGUAGGACCACAACUUAGCCACUACCUAAAAAUUUGGCGUUAGGUGAAAACCGGGUUUUGUUUUUUGUUCAAAGUGUUUAUCAUCAAAGUUUUUCGCCAUUCAAGUUUCCAACUACGGUGUUUCGAAUUUUGAAGUCGCCGUCAAAAAUUAGACCCGAUUGAAUACUCUAAAUUCGACUUGAAAAAUUGUGAAGAAAACUAAGCCCGAGAGGUAAAAUUAUCAUAAUUACCUCUUUUCAUUGUUUUAAUUCCUGUUGAGUGUAAAUAAUUCACGUUUUAAGUUUUCACGAGGACUUUCGUUAACGCUUAUUGCAUACGAUUUUGGUUUUCCCCAUCGUUUAACUAAAAAUAAAUUGGGUGCUCUCUGUGGUCUGUAUCUACAAUCAUUAAGACCGGAGAGAUAAGUGCUUUUGCGUUUUGUGCUUUUUGCGUCGAGAGUGAUUUUCAAUUCCGCCGUGCGUCCGAAAUUAUAGCCACGGUUGUUGAUAUUUUCGUGAGUGACACGCGUGUUUCGACUCGGAACCUCGAAGUCUUCGCACGGUUGCAGCGUUUUCGAGUGUAAACAAACAAACAAACGGUCGGAUCGGCGAGGUGAUGUGUUUGGCGGGCCGGACGGCCGGGGCCUCGCGGACGAUGGAGAAGAAAGAGGAAUUCGCCAAGUUGCACGUCUCCUUCGCCGGAUGCGGGUUUUUGGGCAUCUACCACGUCGGAGUGGGCGCCUGCCUCAAGCAGUACGCCCCGCACCUCCUCCAGAACGCCCUUUUGGGCGCCUCCGCUGGCGCAUCUGUCGCUGCUUGUCUUCUCUGUGAUGCGCCUCUUG